AUGGCACAUUCAUCUAAAGCGAAAAACAAUCCAAAUAUUGAGGUUUUACCUGCAUUAAUUAUAGAUCGAUCAACAGCUGCAGAUGACAACGUUAAAUAUAUUUAUAUUAAUUAUGAAAAAAAAAAUUGGAAUGAUGUCGUUAAAGAUAUUAACAUCUAUCAACAAAUUACAAAGUCCAAGAAACUUGAAGUAUUAAAAAUUAAAAGUGAACUUCAAGAAUUUUGUCAAAAAUCUCGGAAAGCAUUGAUGGAAUUAAACGAAAAUAAUGAUAUAGAUGAUUAUGAUGAUUAUAAGCAAUUUUUUUUAAAUUUAAGUCCAAAGAAUAUUGAUGAUUUUAUUAAUGGUGAACUCACAAUUCUUGUUGAUUGUUGUGGAAAUUUAAAACUAGAAGAUUUCGGUUGGAAUACAACAGCUUGUUGUACAUUAGAUUAUUUAGCACCAGAAAUUGUUGGUCAUAAACAAUAUCAAUAUCAAGUUGAUAAUUAG